UCUCUCUCCAUCUUGGCAGUCUCUCCUUCCUCACUUUCCAUUCUUAGCGUCGUCUACAAGAAGAAGCCUCGCGCUUAAAACAAACUUCAAAAUGGAGAGCCUUGCGCCCGAGGAAAUUGCCGGUAUGUCUCUCAACAUCGUCUUCCGAAGCCCUUUAUCCUUUGCUGCGAGCAGCAGUCCCUCGCCAUUCGUGCUGUCUAACGAUGAUGCAGCUCAGUUUGCCCAAAAAUACUACGCCGAUUUCCAGGUAGACCGCCAGUCCUUCGUCCAGUACUUCUACCGUGAACACUCAACCUUGACCUUCGAGUCCAACACGCUCCAGGGAAUCCAGGCAAUUGGACAGAAAUGGACUGAGGAUUUCCUAAAGACCGCGAAGCACCAGGUCACCACAACCAACGCCCAAAGGGUACCUGGUGGCUUCGUCAUCGUCCUCGUCACUGGCCUUAUUCAGCUUUCCGAGAGCGAUGCACCCAUGAACUUCACCCAAUCUUUCCUGAUCUCCAUGGAUGAGAAAGGCGUUUUCUGCAACAACGACAUCUUCAAGCUCGUCUACGGUUAGACUCCAACCUUUCUAUAUCUCAAGGGCAAAAUAAAUCAUUGCUGGACGGAUAAGGGGACACUUCGCCACAGACGUGCCCGCGUCGUGCGAACGUUUUCCCAUCUACUUAGAAUGGAUCAAGUGGUCGGUCAACCUUUCCGGUUGGCGUCUCGGGAAUGUGACUUGGGGGCUGUUGCCGUCUAGAUCUUGCCAAACAGCGAAGAUUUCAAUCGAUACAAUUUCAACCCUGCUUUUUCUACUGGUCAACUCAGACUACAUUCCUCCUUUCAUAGUAAAGUGGUUGCCUAGGUACUGCCAGUUUGGCUGUAAACUACCUAGUUA